AUCAAGCACCUAGGCAUGCAGACUGCUUCUACUAACAUUUGUGAAAGAAUGGGUCACUCUCAGGAGCUCAGUGAAUUCAAGUGUGGUACUGUGAUAGGCUUCCACGUGUGCAAUAAGUCCAUUUGUGAAAUUUCCUUGAUACUAAUUAUUCCACGGUCAACUGUUAGUGGUCUUAUAGCAAAGUGGAAGCAACUGGGAACAAUAGCAACUUGGCCACAAAGUGGUGGGCCAUGUAAAAUGACAAAGCAGGGUCAGCGCAUGCUGACGCGCAUAGUGCACAGAAGUCACCAACUGUCUGCAGAGUCAAUAGAUAAGACCUGUAAAUUUCAUGUGGCUUUUAGAUUACCACAGAAGUGUGUAAAGAGUUUCAUGGAAUGGGUUUCCAUGGCCUAGCAGCUGCAUCCAAGCAUUAUAUCACCCAGUGCAAUGCACAGUGUCAGAUGUAGUUAUGUAAAGCACGCCGAUACUGGAGACGAGAAACAGUACUUGCCUGACUGCAUUGUGCCAAGUGUAAAGUUU